UCCCCUCCCCCACACGUCUCUCUCCAGCUACUACGAGCUCCAUUACCACAUCCGGGGCCCUACCCACUCUAAUGAAGACAGCCACCAUUAACCAUCUUUCCACACAUAACCACUUCCUCACUACUAGCAUGCCAACGAAAAGGAGAAAAAUUCCAUCACCACUAGCUCGCUCGCAUGCACGCCUUCGAAAUCCAAGGUGUCCACUCAAUUCCAACUGCAGUGCUGCCGCAGAUCUGUCGGUUUCUAUAACCCCUAACCUCUGCUGCCGCACCUCUCUGUAGCCACUGACAGUCAGUGUUAGCCAGAGACACACGCUGACACAGACGAUAGAAGAGUUUGUUUUGCUCAUGAGGACAGUCCCGACCACGAUUCUCCUCCUGCUGCUGCUCCUCGCAUUGCCGCCGGCGCCGGCCGUCGCGCUCACCGACGACGGCCUCGCGCUGCUGGCCUUCAAGGCGGCCGUGACCGACGACCCGGCCUCGGUCCUCGCCAAGUGGUCCGAGUCGGACGCCGACCCGUGCCGCUGGCCCGGCGUCACCUGCGCCAACAUCUCGUCGCAGCCGCGCGUGGUCGGCCUGGCCGUCGCCGGCAAGAACGUGGCCGGCUACAUCCCCUCGGAGCUCGGCUCGCUGCUCUUCCUCCGCCGGCUCAACCUCCACGACAACCGCCUCAGCGGCGGCAUCCCGCCCGCGCUCUCCAACGCCUCCUCGCUCCACUCCAUCUUCCUCUACAACAACGCGCUCACCGGCAAGCUCCCCAUGGCGCUCUGCGACCUCCCGAGGCUGCAGAACAUCGACGUGUCCAGGAACUCGCUCUCCGGCGAGCUGCCGCUCGACCUCCGGAACUGCCGGAGCUUGCAGCGUCUUAUCGUCUCCAGAAACACCUUCUCCGGCGAGGUGCCCGCCGGUGUUUGGCCGGAGUUGUCCAGCCUGCAGCAGCUCGACCUCUCCUCCAACGCUUUCAACGGCUCCAUCCCGCCGGACCUCGGCCAGCUCCCCAAGCUCUCCGGCACGCUCAACCUCUCGCACAACCAGUUCUCCGGCAUCGUGCCGCCGGAGCUCGGCCGCCUCCCGGCGACCGUCACUCUCGACCUCCGCUUCAACAACCUCUCCGGCGCCAUCCCGCAGACGGGCUCCCUCGCCAGCCAGGGCCCAACUGCGUUCCUCAACAACCCCGCUCUCUGCGGCUUCCCGCUCCAAGUUGCCUGCCGAGCCGUCCCACCGCCGACGCAAUCUCCGCCGCCACAGAACACCAGUUCAUCAACAGCCUCCGCCUCUAACGACAGCCAGCAUCAGCCAAUUAAAUCAAGCCUCAUAGCGCUCAUCUCCGUCGCCGACGCCGCCGGCGUCGCCCUCGUCGGCAUCAUCCUGGUGUACAUAUACUGGAAAGUCAAGGACCGGAGGGAAGGCCGCCGCGGCCGUGGCCGUGCAAUCGCAGAAGACGACGACGAUGAUGAUCGGAACAAGGGGCUGUGCGGCUGCAUUUGGGGCCGCCGCGACAGAGGCUGGGCGGACGGCUCGUCGGACGACGAGGAAGAAGGAGACGGCAAGUGCAGCGGCGCCGACGGGGAGCUUGUAGCGAUCGACCGGGGAUUCCGGAUGGAGCUGGACGAGCUGCUCCGGUCAUCCGCGUAUGUGCUGGGGAAGGGAGGGAAGGGGAUCGUGUACAAGGUGGUGGUGGGCAACGGCUCGACGCCGGUGGCCGUCCGGCGGCUGGGCGGCGGCGGUGGUGGCGCUGAGAGGUGCAAGGAGUUCAGGGCGGAGGCGCGGGCGAUGGGGCGGGUGCGGCACCCCAACGUGGUGCGGCUGCGCGCUUACUACUGGUCACCCGACGAGAAGCUCGUCGUCACCGACUUCGUCGGCAACGGCAACCUCGCCACCGCGCUGCGUGGUCGCGCCGGUGAACCUGUGCUGUCGUGGGCGGCGCGGCUGAAGAUCGCCAAGGGCGCGGCGCGCGGCCUGGCGUACCUCCACGAGUGCAACAGCACCCGGCGGUUCGUCCACGGCGAGGUCAAGCCGUCCAACAUCCUCCUGGACGCCGACUUCAGCCCCCGCGUCGCCGACUUCGGCCUCGUCCGCCUGCUCGCCAUCGCCGGCUGCGGCCCCGACGGCGCGCCGCCGUCCUCAGGGGGCAGCCUCCUCGGCGGCGCCAUCCCCUACACGAAGCCGCAGGCGCCGGCGCAGGCGAGCGGCUACCGGGCGCCCGAGGCGCGCGCGCCGGGGGCGCGGCCGGCGCAGAAGUGGGACGUGUUCUCCUUCGGGGUGAUCCUGCUGGAGCUGCUGACGGGGCGGGGACCGGCGGACCACGCGUCGCCGUCGACGUCCGCGUCCUUCUCGGGGCCGUCCACGACGACGACGGACCGAUCCGGGAGCGCGGAGCACGAGGCGGUGCCGGAGGCGGUGCGGUGGGUGCGGCGCGGGUUCGAGGACGCGCGGCCGGUGGCGGAGAUGGUGGACCCGGCGCUGCUGCGGGAGGCGCCGGCGCUGCCCAAGAAGGAGAUCGUUGCCGCGUUCCACGUCGCGCUGGCGUGCACCGAGGCCGACCCGGAGCUCCGGCCCAAGAUGAAGACCGUCGCCGACAGCCUCGAUAAGGUCGGGUCGUGAGGACGGAUGCAUCAUGCACGUACGGCCAUUGGCUUACGCUGCCACGUUAUGUGUUCGUGACAAAGCUCGUCUGGGAAGUCUUCUUUUCUUGAGCUUUCCUUCCUCUCUGGCUCUCAAGCUCUUCAUAUUCUUUUUUAUUUAUUUUGUAAUUGGGGGUUUCUUGGCUAUUUGUUCCGACAAAACUGACGAUUUGUGAUCAUACAACAGCAUAUAUAGAAGUGUACUUUUCCGCGUCCAUUCCAUAAAAA